GGCGGAGGAGGAGGAGGAGGAUCUGGAGCCCCAAGCCUGGUCCGGCCCGGCCUUCCCAGCGCGCUCGGCCCGGCCCGCGCAGGCGGCGAGCCCCGACUCUGGGCCCGGAGCCCCAGCGCGGCCAGCCCCGCGCGGCCUCGGAGCGCCCGCCCCGCCCCGCCCCGGCCUCGGCCCGCCGGGCCCGCAGUGUGGUGGAGUGCCUGCUUGCUGUGCCCUCGGGUUAUGACGACCCCCAAUAAAGGAAACAAGGCCUUGAAGGUGAAGCGGGAGCCGGGAGAGAAUGGCACCAGCCUGACAGAUGAGGAGCUGGUGACCAUGUCAGUGCGGGAGCUGAACCAGCACCUGCGGGGCCUGUCCAAGGAGGAGAUCAUCCAGCUGAAGCAGCGCCGGCGCACGCUCAAGAACCGCGGCUAUGCCGCCAGCUGCCGCGUGAAGCGGGUGACCCAGAAGGAGGAGCUGGAGAAGCAGAAGGCAGAGCUGCAGCAGGAGGUGGAGAAGCUGGCCUCGGAGAACGCCAGCAUGAAGCUGGAGCUCGAUGCCCUGCGCUCCAAGUACGAGGCCCUGCAGAACUUCGCCAGGACCGUGGCCCGAAGCCCUGUGGCGCCAGCUCGGGGUCCCCUUGCUGCUGGCUUGGGGCCCCUCGUCCCCGGCAAGGUGGCCGCCACCAGCGUCAUCACGAUAGUAAAGUCCAAGACGGACGCCCGGUCGUAGGGACGCGCUUGCCCAGGCGGGUCUGCAAGGGGCCAGUAGGCGCAUGGCAAAUUCAGCAGCCCUGUCCCCCUUUCCCUCCCUCCUCGUCUUCCUCUUCUCUUCUUUUCCUCCUCUCCUACCUCCUCCCUUCCCUGCAAAGCACAACCUGCACCCCAGGGGCGCCGGGCUGAGCCCCUUUGAUCUCGUCGUCGUCAUCGUGUGUUUUGUACAUUGGGAUUGGUCAGUUUGGUGGUGACGUGGGGUCGCCCCCGCCCCCUUUGUACCACGGGCAGGUGGGCUUGGAGUCCAGAGUCGGCCUGUGGGAGUGGACAGAGAGAAAGAUUGACCGGGUGCUCUGGGGCACAUGUGUCCCUGAGCAGGGAGGGCUGCCGGGCAGGAGAGAGGCUGUUCUCGCUGCAGAAUGGCCCACAGGCUCUGACAGCCGCCAGGCUAGCGGGGGGCCGGGCAAUUCACUCUCAGCUCGACCUGCAGACAUAGACGGGCACUGCUCUGCAGAGUAGGCUGUCCCUGAGGGCCCUGGACAGGCGCGCCACCAGUCUGGCGCUGGGGGGAUGGGGUGUCGUGUGGCUGUGGGCCGGGGGCCUUGGCACUCACACCUGACGUGUUGCACUGAACAAGACCAAAUCACUGGUUGUGAGCGUACGUGAAGGGUGUGUCCAGUGUCCUGCGAUGGGUCCCGUGUCACUGUUUACAUGACCUAUUUGUGUGGUUACAUAGCCCUUUAUUUAAAAGAGAGAAGUUCCUUUUACGAAGUUAUUAAAUUAUAUGUUUAAAAGCUAAAGAAAAAAAAAGCUGCAGAGUAUUUAUAAAACUGUCUUUUUAAAAAAAAAAAAAAAGCGAGAACAUUUGACCGUAUAAACAGAAAAGGGAAGAAAGUAUAAUAGAAACUUUGCUAGUUUAAAAAAAGAAAAAAAAAUCCUUUCUUGUAAACUUACAGACAAGUCUUUGUGGCUGUUGGAGUUUAGUUUUUAUAUACACAGAGUUAUCAGACGUUAUUUAUAAAACUUAGUUAAAAAAAAGACAAAAAAAAAGCCAAGCCGUGAGCGACCAGAAGGCGCGUCCUGACGUCCUCUUUGCUAUCUCUUUUGCAAUUGUACCGAAAGUGACUUACUCCUUUGCCCUUCCUGCUUCCGUCUCUUGCCGGUGCCGUGGUGUUGUCUGUGCCUGGUGAGGUCUUGUGCAGCGUCACGUGCUGGUGCUUCUGGUGACCUUUGACCUGUGGGUGUCACUUCUUGUGUCUGUUCUCCCGUGUUUGUUUUUUGGAUUUGGUUGUGGUUUUGCUUCUGCUGGCUUGUCAGGCCUGGGCUGUAGUGCCAGGCUGCGCCUGCUCCAGUGGAGCUUGGGGUGUCUGUGCCUCCAGCCCAGCCUCUUCUGCUUUGGUGCCCACCCCGAGCCCCGGGGAGGUCAGAUGCAGGGCUCUGCCACACCCCUCUGCUGACCCUUGGCUUCGCAUGUGUGUCUCAGGCUUGGGCUGAUCCAGUGGCAGGGUAGGUGAAACUGGGGGUCAUCCUGGACCCCCAUCCCGCCCCCUCACUACUUCCUUGCCCACCGUCUCUGGCCCUGGGUGGGGGCUUGCAGGGACCAAGGAGUCACUGUGGGUGCCCACCAGGCCAGGGCCAAGCUGCCCCCGACUGUCUUCCUUCUGGCCUCCAGUCAAUGUGUUUGGGCUCCAGCCACCAAUCUGGGGUUUGUUCCGGUGGGUUUUGUGUAGGCCUCAGCAGGGGAACCCCAGGGGCCCGCGGCUCACUUAUCCCAGAACUGUUUCCAUGCUGCGGGACGGUGCUUCCCAGGCAGAACCAGGUGGUUUCGGGGCCCACCUGGGGCAGCCCCUUCUCCUUGCCUGAGGGCCUGGGGGUCUCCACCAGUGCCAGACAAGGGCUACGGUCUCCAGGGCCAGGUCCUGUCGCCCCUCUCCCCCUGAACAUGCUGGCAGCUCUUGGCUAUGGGCCUUCUUUCAACUCCCUUUGGGGUCUGUGUCUUCCAGGGAUCCACUGCUCGGCUUGUGGAGGUGCUUCCCCGGGGCUGAGCCCACCUCCCCGUCCUAGCCACUCGGUGAGGCAGCCAAGUCUCCCAGACUUGGCUCAGGCAGCUGCUCGUAGGCAUGUGAUGGGGCUGCCUGUGGUGCCUGCCCCCCAAGAGGCUACUGCCCUGGCUCUGGCCGUGUGGGGCUUGGCUACUCCUUGGGGUUGCUGGUUGGCUUCUCUGGGGGCCCUGAACCCCUGAAAAAGCACAGACAAGUGGGCUAAUGAAAAGAAAAAACAGUGCGGCCAGGCAGGGUUUAACCUUGUGGACAGGAGAAUCUUCAUCCCAGAGUUUACAGUGUGCCUGUGGGAUAGGAGGGGGGAUGUGCUGUCAACUUCUGUUGUCUUGAUGGGCUGAUCUUGGCCCUAGAUAUUCAGAGACAUUCCUGGCUGUACCCAGGUUGGCCUGCAAUGGAGAUUUUGACCAUUGACUCUGAAUCACUUAGUGGCUUCCUUUGCCUCCCUGCAGUCUGGCUUUGUCUACCUAAGGUCCAGACGAGAGUAGUUGAUGUUUCUUGUAGCAGCAAGUUGGAAUCACAUCAUAAGAAUCCCUAAAGAGAGAUCAUGCCCUGUCCUGGACAGGGGGAGGGACAGGCUCCCCAUGUCCAAGUACGGUCCCCACUUUUAUCCUGGCUGGGAGGUGGUCCUCCAUCUCUGUGCACCCCUGCCAUGCUGUAGACCUAGAGAGAGGAGGGUUUGAGGGUGGGCAUGUGCUGAACAGAAAUUGCAGGUCCUUGGUUUGGUUUACAGACGCUUCUGGAGUUAGUGAAGCUAUACUUCCUUUCUAGGUUUUUGGAUUUGGAGCAACUGUUCCUUGGGUCUGGGGGAGCAUCCUGCUCCCAUCAAGCCAGUCUCUCGGGGCUGCUCUGCCCCUUCUCCCAUUCUCUUUGGUUAUUGACAGUAGAUCCUGUGUCCACAUGUGACUGUUUGGCGUCUUUCUGAUUCUCGUUAAUUCGUUUUCCCUACUGUGAGCGUGUUGUGUUCUCUCUCCUCAACUUUUUGACACAGCGAAUUGAGGGCUUUGGCCGAGGCCAAGUCUCCCAAACUUGUCCGCUAAGUAAACCAUAAUGUGCACCUUCCUUCACACCUUGCCCUUGCCCAACUCCUCCCUAUCCCAACAUGGACACUCAGAUUUCAGAGGAGAACCCUUUGAGAACAGGUCAGCUCCUGCCCAGAGUAUGGCCCCAGAGAGCCCACCCCAUGGCUCUUGGCUGCUGCUCCAGGUGGCACUGCGUUUGUGCAGGUGAGAAGUUGUGGCUGCUGUGUGGUGUGCUGGUUUCUGCCGGGUGCCAGGCCUCCCUGGAGGCUUUUCUACUCUUGGUCCAGGCUUCAGGUCUGGGCACAACCCUGAUCAGCAGCAGCAGCCUUGAUGGUCAGUGGCUGGGCCCACGGCUCUGAUCAGCUGCAGCCUGCUUUGGGAUGGGUGGUCGAGCCCCAUCUUGUCCCUGCGACUUCCCUCUCUGGGGUGGCCGGUUGGCCAAAGCUUCCGUCCACAGCUGGGAAGCCACAGCCUGCAACACUGUUUCCGCUCUAGGAUCUUUUAAGUUACUUUUUUAGGCUGUGGUUUGGUGAAAGGAACCAACACAUUAACGAUUUUUUUCCCCAGAAGCCACUGAAUAAUUCUUGCUGGCCGGUUUUCACCUUUCUUUUGGCUGCCUGGUUUUGAAGCAGAUGGGAAGAGGCAGGGGUGUGCCCUCGAGACUGAUGGCUUGUCCUGCUCUGGCCUGUGUGUCCUGAGCAUGUGCUGUACCUGUUGGACCAGUCGCACACAUUUCCACCCCACUCUGCAGCAGCAGCCUUGGUACGUGGGUGUCCCUUCAGUCUGAGCUGGAGUGUAGGAGAGCUCGUCCCCGAUGACCUGUGAAAGGGGACCCCUCUAACAGCCUCAUGUCCCAGCCCCACCCUUCCCCACAUCCCCUCAAUCUGAAGCCUUUAACCAAAUGGGAGUGGGUACAGAAAGCCUUCUCCUGGCAUCUUAGGGCAGCAGGACAAGGGCUGUCCAGUGUGUCCAGCUCUGCUGCUUUCCUGGCGCUGAGAGGUGGGCAGAGCAGAGUUGAUCAGACCCUGCCUGCCCUGCCUAGGGCUGAAGACAGGAGGUGGGGGUACGCUGGGAUC